UGGACGUUUGCUCUGGAGCUUGCUGACUGCUGCUGACCUUCUGACCUGUACUCAUCUGGAUUACGCACGCCUUUCAUUAUCAAGGCUGUUCAAUGUGAUUUUGGCGUCCAGACGUCUAUUGCACUUUCGCGGUCUCGUCUUUGCCCUCUCCUAGAUGCAACUGGCUGGAUAUGAGCGUCGCGACGGUCGGAACCUCAGCUCUGACGCAAGAGUCCAGCAGCCGAUACGCUCUGAUAUUAUCACGGAUUUGAACGCUGAGACGGUCAAUAAACGAUGCCAAAGCGAGCGCUGUCAAGUCCAACCGAAAGGUCCUGUGCAUGUUGACAAUGAGAACCGAAGAAAAGUGAAGAGGCACACGGAUAAGAAAUCCCACUCCCGUGAGUUCCGAUGGUUUGUCCGAAUGUGCUGCCGCUUGGCUUCCCUUAUUUGGAUAGGUCGUGCCGUACCGGCCGAACGAAUAAGUCCAAAUAGGUCACCCCAGCCUGGCUCCGCGAGCCCAGCAAAGAUAAAUUCCGCUCCUGCGUUUCGACGGCAAACAAAAUUUUGAUAUAAAGUUUCAUUGCCACCUUCUUAUCAGUGCAUUGACACUUUGAGAUCGCCCAGGAGGAAGAUGGAGAUAAUGACGUGUGAGAGCAGCGGCGACUGAGACUCCCUAAAAUUAUGGAGAAUCCUGAAGUUUGAUUGGUAACGUCUAGGCAGGUGGAUUGACCUAUGAAGAGAGAGGCCCGGAGGUCAUCGACCUCAGUCGGGUAGGGAGAUGCAGGUUAGAGAAUGGAGACCCAGACAAUUGGAAUGUCGCCAGAAAAAUUGGAGGUGUGUUUCAUUGGCGGGUAACGUUCAGGUGCGUGGACAAUUUUACGAGCGUCCGGACCUACCGCACCAGGUGCAACCUCGAGAGGAGGCAAAAGGACGCGGCCGCUCAGCGACCUACGGCACGAAGGGUUGGUCGGAAGGUGAACGCGUGAUAGUAGUAUCUGAUUGUCAGUCCAAAAAUAUAAAAGGCUUAAAGAUCAAGGGAUCGACCUGGAUCGUCCCCAUGCGCCCGUGAUCACUGCAACGAUCGAUCAACAUAAUUUCAUUAAAUCAGGUAGCAUCAACAAGAGCCCAAUCGCAUGGACAAACUGUGGCCAAGACGGCCGAAAAGACGUAGCGUCGCGGCGCUCGGCCGAUCGACGUCUGGUUGGCGCAGGACUCGGUGGGACGGUUCAGGCCGGCGACCUGGCGUCGCCCCACCGUAAGUCCCCGAGGGCCCCACCGUCGUCGUGGCUUUAGUUCCCCUCCUGGUGUCACGUUCCGCGGCCGCGUGGCCCUCGACCAACGAGAUCGGCAACGAAUCGUGUAGAGUAGAGCUACGAGAUCGAGGCGAUCGAGGCGAUCGAGGCGAUCGAGGAGAUCGAGGAGACCGAGGAGACCAGGAACGUUUGAGGCUGGCCCGCCCUCGCACCCAGGUAACCCACCCCUCCGAUGUAUGACCCAUACUCUCCCCACUGCGCGUCCACGCCUCCCCUCUCCGCGGGCCGCUGCAAUCGCGGAUGAGUCACUAUAUAAGACAGCAAGGACAAGAAGGUGUAUGUUAGUACACAUUCAUUCUUCUCGUGGUUCGCACACGAUUUGGUGCUGACCGCUUUACGCACCACUGACCUCAGAUUCUCGACGCUCGAUGCACGACGACGCUCGACGAUAAAUAAUUUUAAAUAUUUUUAUUACAAAGACAUUGUCGCACGUCGAUUAUUUCAUUGGACUCUUAGUCUCGAUACGUUUCCUUCUUUUUUUUUAUUAUUUAAUCUCUCAUCUCUCUCGUCUACACAUCCUUCGAACGUGAACGUCAUUCGCCACUACCAGUGACCGAGAUACAGCGGUGAUUUUUGAAUCGACUAUUGGGAUUGUGGCUGAAGACUUUACCUGUCGCAUCUACGUCCAAGAGAAACCCGAAGAUUGACUCGACAUGCUCGUUGAACGCGCAGCGCAGUGGGCCUGGCAGGCCAUGGGUGACACGAGGACCGACGUCUUCUACACCUUCCUGGUCUUCCUCAUGGCUUUUGCCCUUGUGCGGGGCGCACAGUGGCUGCGAUACAUUCGCUCGUUGCCACCUGGCCCAUGGGGACUUCCGGUCUUGGGCUACCUUCCCUUUCUCAAGAGCGACGUACAUCUGCAGUUUGGGAAACUCGCCAAGAAGUACGGAUCCAUAUUCAGCGCGAGACUCGGGAGCCAGUUCGUAGUCGUUAUCAGCGACUACAAGACAAUUCGCGAUACGUUUCGUCGGGAGGAAUUCACCGGGAGGCCGCACACAGAGUUCAGCAACAUCCUUGGAGGAUACGGUAUCAUUAAUACCGAGGGUGCAUUGUGGAAGCAUCAGCGCCGGUUCAUUCAAGAGAAGCUUCGCAGUUUCGGUUUGACGUAUGUGGGUGCCGGCAAGAAGAUUAUGCAGUCCAAGAUAAUGCGGGAGGUGGACACGUUCUUGCAAGGACUCUCUCUGCGUCGCGGUGCACCCACGGAUAUGUCGGGUUCCUUAGGCAUGUCCAUCAGCAACGUUAUUUGCUCGAUAAUAAUGGGCGUGCGCUUUCACCACGGCGAGACCAGAUUCAAGAGAUUCAUGGACCUGAUCGAAGAGGGUUUCAAACUCUUCGGCAGUAUCGUCGCCGUCAAUUUCAUUCCUGUGAUGCGAUACUUGCCCUUCCACAAGACGAUUUGCAACAAGAUUUCCGCGAAUCACAAAGAGAUGGCCAACUUCUUUCAACAGGCGGUGAACCAGCAUCGCGCUACCUUUGACGCCGGUAACGUCAGAGACCUGGUGGACACGUAUCUUCUAGAGAUCGAGAAAGCGAAGGUUGAAGGUCGCGAGGCUACGCUCUUCGAAGGAAUGAAUCAUGAUCGUCAGAUACAACAAAUUCUUGGGGACCUCUUCUCCGCUGGAAUGGAAACCGUGAAGACGACUCUUGAGUGGGCAGUCAUCCUCAUGCUUCAUCAUCCAGAGGCUGCACGUGCUGUUCAGGAGGAGCUUGAUCAAGUCGUGGGUCGAUCAAGGAUUCCAGGAUUGGAGGAUCAACCCUUCUUACCUGUUACCGAAGCCACUAUUUUGGAAGUGUUACGCCGCUCAAGCAUCGUGCCGAUGGGGACGACGCACGCCACUACUCGCGAUGUCACGUUGAACGGUUUCACGAUCCCAGCUGGAGCACAGGUGGUACCGCUCCUGCACGCCGUUCACAUGGACCCCGAGCUCUGGACAGAGCCCGAGGCGUUCCGACCAAGCAGGUUCCUGAGUUCAGAGGGCCAAGUCACGAAGCCCGAAUACUUCAUGCCCUUUGGCGUCGGAAGACGCAUGUGCUUGGGUGACGUCCUGGCACGCAUGGAGCUCUUCCUCUUCUUCAGCUCCCUUCUUCACACCUUCGACUUGCGGCUACCCGAGGGCGCCUCCUUGCCAAGUCUACGUGGUAACGUCGGGGUCACUGUCACCCCGGAUCCAUUCAAGGUCUGUCUCGUUCAAAGGACUUUAGAGGGUGACCUCGCGGACGUGGAGUGCACCGACGGCAAUGGACCACUUCGCAACGUUGGUAGUCAUUGAGCUUUACCAGCCGCUCUGCGGAUUACGGAAAACGGUAGUUGUUCCUAUCGACGCGAGGUAUCAGGUCGAGAAAGAAGAAGGACGAGACAAAGAAGCAAGAAGGAUGAAGAGAAGGAAGAGCCACGGAGAGGAAAAAGACCGCAUUCCUACCGUACAGAACUUUCAAGUGCCCUUUUCUCUGGAUCGACAGCCAUUUUGGCCAUUGUAACUCUAUUACUGAGAGGAGAGCGAAUUUCAAGAUCUCCACUCUUAAUCGCUCGCUCUCUCUCUCUCUCUCUCUCCCCCCCUGUCAAUAUCCAUCUCUAGAGAGAGGGAGAGAGCGAGCGAGAGUGACAGCUCGCCCAGAGGUUUUAAAAAAGUACCUUCAGCCUACGAGUGGCAUCCACGAUGAACUCGGUGAACAGUUAGCGUACUGAAACACAAAGUCUCAGCUGAAAGAAAGGAUGAAAGAAAGAAAAAAAAAAUGUAAGUACAAAAGGAGCCCUGGA